AUGACCGUCGUGGGUUUCGACAUUGGAAACAAGAACUGUGUAGUAGCAGUGGCCAAAAAGCGCGGCAUAGAUGUCCUGUUGAACGAUGAGUCUAAACGUGAAAAUCCCACGAUCGUCUCAUUCGGUGAAAAACAGAGGUUUAUUGGCUCGGCUGGGGCUGCGUCUGCCCCAAUGCACCCAAAAUCGACCAUUUCACAGGUCAAAAGGCUCGUCGGACGUGAGUUUAACGAUCCCUCAAUACAGGAAGACCUCAAGCUUUUCCCGUUCAAGACCACCGCAGGCCCUGAUGGUGGAAUCUUGAUCCACCUUAAUUACCUGGCCGAGAAACAGGUUUUCACUCCCGUUCAGAUUCUAGCUAUGCUUCUAUCUCAUUUAAAGCAGCUCACAGAGAAAAAUCUCGGGGCUCGGGUCGAAAACUGUGUAAUUGGCGUGCCUUCUUACUACACGGCUAAUCAGAGGACAGCGUACCUGCACGCAGCUGAGAUAGCGGGCCUGAAGCCCGUGAGGUUGAUGCAUGACUGUACGGCUAUCGGGCUUGGAUAUGGUAUAUAUAAGACAGAUUUUCCUGGGAGAGGCUCAACAAAUGUUGUUUUUGUUGAUAUAGGCCAUAGUGAUACCCAAGUUGCCGUUGUCUCGUUUGAGUCUAAUCACAUGACGGUGCUAUCCCAUGCUUUCGACAGCAAUUUAGGAGGACGGGACUUUGAUGAGGUUUUGUACCGACAUUUUGCCUCUCAAUUUCGGGAAAAGUACAAAAUCGACGUUUGUUCAAGUGCACGCGCUUCCAUAAGGCUGAGGGCCGCAUGUGAGAAGCUGAAGAAGGUCCUGAGUGCCAAUCCGGAGGCUAUUUUAAACAUUGAGUGUAUGAUGGAUGAAAAAGAUGUUAAGGGAUAUAUUAAGAGGGAAGAGUUUGAGAGGCUGGCAUUCGGAUUGCUGGAGAGGAUCAAGAUUUCUUGCCGUAAAGCUUUGCACGAAUCUCGAUUGACAGUGGAUAAGGUUCACGCGGUGGAGCUUGUUGGGUCUGGUUCUCGGGUCCCUGUGAUCACAAGGAGUCUGAACUCGUUAUUUCGGAAGGAGGCUGGACGGACGUUGAACGCGAGUGAGUGUGUAGCUCGUGGCUGUGCCGUUCAGGGUGCGAUGCUUAGCCAUGUUUUCCGAGUGCAGGACUGCUCCCCAUUCUCGAUUGCAUUUGCAGCAGAUCAAAGACCUGUCUGUUCAUUGGCAGGUCGCGUGUUGUUUCCUAAAGGGAGUGUUUUUCCUAGUGUAAAGAUGCUUACAUUCAGGAAUGAGAUAUUUUACAUGGAAGUCUUCUAUGCAAAUCGUAACGAGCUGCCACCUGGUGCCUCGUCAAAUAUUAGCUCUUUUAAGAUCGGCCCAUUUAGAGUUUCUCAUGUAGAGAACACGAAAAUCAAACUUAAAGUCGUGCUAAACCUUAACGGGAUUGUCUCCAUAGAGUCUGCCUCUUUGAUCGAUUAUCAUGCGAAUGAUUGCAAUGUAAACAAUGUGAAGCAAAGCAAUAGUGAGUCUUUCGACAAAGCGAAUGGUCAUUUAGGUCAUGAAAUUAGAAGGUUAAACGCUAUCGGAAGGCAGGACAUAUUUAUCGAGGAAAAUGCAUAUGGUGGAAUGACACAGGGCGAGCUCUCACAUGCUCGAGAAAAAGAACUUCAGUUAGCUCAGCAAGACGUUAAGAUGGAAAGGACCAAAGAUACGAAAAAUGCCCUCGAGGCGUAUAUUUACGAAACUCGGAAUAAGCUUCUAAGUUCUUAUCGGAGCUUCGCCACUGAUGCCGAGAAAGAAGCGAUUUCGAGUAGUUUGCAACGAACUGAGGAAUGGCUUUAUGAAGAUGGCAAUGAUGAGUCCGAAUUUGUGUAUACUGAAAAGUUAAAGGAAUUGCAGGAGAUGUUCGACCCAAUUGAAUAUCGAUACAACAAUGGAGAAGCCAGGGCAGCUGCUACAAGAAACCUGCUAAAUUCUAUAGUGAAGUACCAUAUGGCUGCAAGAUCACUUCCCCCUGGUGAAAAAGACUUUAUAAUUGGAGAAUGCAACAAAGCAGAGGAGUGGCUUGGAGAAAAGAAUGCACUUUGGUCUGGUCAAAUCAAGAGGAGAGCUCAGGCCCUUGAUGAGAUGUACAAACGUGCGGUGGGAGGGAACAAGUCCCCGUCCCCAGAAUCAGAUGGUUUUGUAGAACCAGACACGAGAAGUAAAAGGGAUGACAUGAAAGUCGAUUAA